UUAUACCCAAAAAUACUAGAAUAUAAUGGCUAUUUUACAUAGAGCACUAUUUACAUGGUUCAUCUUCUUAGUAUUUCUUAUUCUUCUCUGUUUGCGACUAGAAUCAAGAACGCAUUGGAACUGGUUCAUAGUUUUUAUUCCAAUGUGGGUUUACGAUGGCAUUUUAUUAAUUUACGUACUCUUUCACAUGGUAUCUCACUGCCGAAAUGGUAUCGAAUGGAUCAGAGCUACGAUAAACAAAAAUGUGUGGUAUAUUGCCGCUAUUGGACUGAAAAUGGCAGCACAAAUAAUUAUAUGUGUCAAGUUGGAAUACACAAAACUGUAUCUCCCAAUUUCUCUUGUGAUGACUCCUAUAUGGAUGCUGCUGCCUGUUCUGUGCGUGGAGGUUUUUAUGCAUUUAAUUAAAAACUCAAGUCGAAGUAGUAGAUACUAA